AGGAAUCAAUUCACUCGCUCACCCUCCACGUUAUCAUGAGAAAUUACGUUCAUUCUCAACAAUUGCAAUGAUAACUAGGGGUGCAUCAAGAUGCUGUUUGAAGCUGCGACCUACCUUGUCUCGUCCAAUGAGUCGAUAUGGCCAGCAAUGCUGCCGCCGAUAUUCCAUACCAUCGAGUCAUGCACCUACAGCUAGCAAUUCUUUAAGCUCCAGUGGAAUGUUGGCACCAUUCACAAAUGAACUAGACAAAAUCGCACCAUCUUUCAAGAUCAGUGGCUCUCAAAUACAUAUUAUCAAAACUCCUACAGACUUCUACGAAACAUUGAAGGCCAGGAUACGUAGCGCCAAGAAACGAAUAUUCUUAUCUACUCUAUACAUCGGGAAAUCUGAAGAAGAACUUAUUGUGACACUUCAAGAUGCUCUACGCGCCAAUCCCGAGUUGCAGUUGAGCAUCCUUACUGAUGCGCUUCGUGGAACACGAGAAGCACCUGACCCCUCAUGCGCUUCUCUCCUUGCCCCUCUCAUCACAGAAUUUGGUCCGGAUCGCGUUGAGAUUCGGAUGUAUCAUACUCCAAACUUGACUGGCUUAAGAAAGAAACAUAUACCCAAGCGUAUCAAUGAAGGAUGGGGCUUGCAGCAUAUGAAACUCUAUGGUGUUGAUGAUGAGAUUAUUCUUUCGGGUGCAAAUCUUUCUAACGACUACUUCACAAAUCGUCAGGACCGAUACCAUCUGUUCUCCUCUAGUGAAGUUACGAACUAUUUCUGGGAGCUUUAUCGAGGCGUCACGUCACUCAGCUUCUUAGUGCGACCUGCAAAUGAUGAGGCUGCAGGCUUUAGGCUUCACUGGCCAUCGACCAAUGCUGCCCCUUCGCCUCUAGAACACCCUACCGAGUAUAUUUCAAAAGCUACAAAGCUUGUGAACAGCCUUAUAGCACCGAGCGAUAGAACCAGAAGCAUAAAAUCAUCAAACACCGGCUUAUCUACUUCACCAAACACGACUGUUUAUAUGCUUGGUCAGCUUUCUCAACUUAUGAAACCCGACACAUCAACUGAACUCCCCGCGGUUACACAUGUAUUGAAAACAUUGGGUACGCCAGAGUACACGGGCUCGUCUUGGACUUUUACGGCCGGGUAUUUCAACCCGGCGCCGUCGCUCACAAACUUACUACUCUCAACAGCCUCGCAAAACAAUGUGGUAAUAACAGCAUCGCCUCAUGCAAAUGGAUUUUACAAGUCAAAAGGCGUAUCGGGACUUUUGCCAGAUGCGUACACUCUACUUGCCCGUAGAUUUCUUCGUGCGAUCCAAGAGCGAAAGCAGAAUUCGGCGGUCGUCCUCAAAGAAUGGAGAAGAGGAACUGUCAAUGAACCAGGUGGAUGGACAUACCAUGCCAAAGGAUUAUGGAUAACCCUUCCCCGGGAGCAGGAUCCGUCAAUGAGCAUAAUUGGAAGUUCAAAUUACACCAAACGCAGUUAUUCCCACGACCUGGAGGCGGGCGCUUUAAUCGUAACUCAAGACCCCGAUUUAAAGAAGAGGUUAGGAGAUGAGCAAAAGUGGUUGCAGGAGUAUGCAAACCCUGUCACAUUGGACGACUUUGCGAAAACGGAACGGCGAGUCGGAUUAAAGGUCCGAAUUGCAAUGUGGAUCGUCAGUCUUGUCGGUGGCGCGUUAUAGCGAGCCGACUCGCACCGAAGUUAGAAUGUCGAUAUUAACAAACCC